AUGAAAUCAUAUAAAAAAAGUGAUAUAUUAUUUUCAGAACAUCAAAAAUUAAAAUAAAAUUUAAAAAACAAUCAGGACUCUGAAUUUUCACCUUGUUCACCUUAAAUGCAUUUAAUAACUUCACCUGGAGUAAAUGAUGAAAAAUUAUGCACUUUAUAAAAUAAUAACUCACUUAAAAGAAUAAAAAAUAAAUGGUCUUAUUACACAAGAAAUUCCAAAACAAAUUAAAUAUCCUUAAAAGAUAGAACAUUUGAUAAGCAAAGCUUAUUUUAUAGCAACUCAAGGGAUAUUUAAGAAACUGAAAAUUCAGUAUAAAAUCCACUAUGUAAUAGUAGCCAAAAAUUUUAAUUACAACUCUCCUCUCUAGAUAAAAGUUGA